CAGUAAAUCCUAUUGUGAUGCUAAACUGAUUUUCGGAAGAGAGAUAGAAAGAGAGAGAGAGAGAGACAGAGAGAGAGAGAGAGAGGAGGUUUAGAUUCCUGUCUGAUCUGAUCUGAUCUGAUCUGACCUUCGUUCAUGUAGGAGUUUUAGGACUUUCUCCUCUCAGUAAACUUUACAGCCUCCUCUCUGGACUCCAGCAGGACGGUUUCCGGGUGUUUGUUGGAGUCUCUUUCUAACCGGAGGAUCAGGCGCUCUCUGCGCUGCAGGAAUGCACUUUGCAGGAAACACUUUGCAGCUCGGUGCUGCUCGGACACCUCCUUGUUUCCUUUUCUCUCCUAUCUUCGAGGAGUUGUAAAUGAAUGAAGAUGAAGGAAAUGUGUUUGUAAAGGAGAGAUCGUUUUCUGCAGUCCGGUUCCUCCUCCUCUUCCUCCUCCUCCUCCUCCUCAGUCCGCCAGGCUGAGGACAGAGAGAGGAGCCGGGCAUGGAGAACGGCGUCCGGGCGUCGCUCCAGCAGCAGCAGCAGCAGCAGCAGCAGCAGCAGGCUGCGGGUGGAGGAGGAGGUGGAGGCGGCUGGGUGCUGGUGGAGGCCCGGCUGCAGGGUGGAGCACCGUGGGGCUUCACCCUGCAGGGCGGCCUGGAGCACGGAGAGCCCCUCAUCAUCUCCAAGGUAGAGGAGGGCGGUAAGGCCGACCGUUUGGAGCAGCCGCUGCUGGUGGGGGAUGAGAUCAUCAUCAUCAACGACGUGGAGCUGACGGGAUACAGACAGGAGGCCAUCGCUCUGGUCAAAGGAUCCUACAAGACUCUGCAGCUCACCAUCCGCAGGGAGUUUGAUCCAGGAUACAUCAAGGAGUUUGGUACUUCACCUCCCUCCCUCCCUGCUCUUCCUCCUCCUCCUCCUUCUCCUCCUCCUCCUCCUCCACCUCCACCACCACCACAACAACAAACACCACCGUUAUCCCACCACAGCAGACGAUGUUCAGCAGGAGCAGUCCAACUACGCAUCAAGAACAGACGCAGUGAGCCGGCGUCUCGUCCUCACUCGUGGCAUUCGACGAAGCUCGGUGAAGGUCAGCGGCAGCCGGAUCAGGGCGGGAUGGAAACGAUGAGCAGCGCCUGGCACCACAGCUACCACGACAGUGCCUCGACAACCGACCUGUCCGGCGGGUUUGACUCUGGCGGCGGCUACCUGAGGAAGAGUCCGGACCAGUACAGCUCUAGGGGCAGCAUGGAGAGCCUGGACCCUCCUCAGUCCUCCCAGCUUCACUCCGGAGCUCAGCACCACCACACCCACAGCGGACCCCAUCCCGCCUACUCCUCCUGCCACCAGCUGUCCUCUGCCAGGUCCUCCAACAGCAUCGACCACCUCCACAGCAAACGAGACUCCGCCUACUCGUCCUUCUCCACCAGCUCCAGCAUCCCAGAGUACCUCGCCUCCAACCCCUCCUUCAGCCCGGAGCGCUCCUACUCGCUGGAGACCGUCCCUCAGAGAGAAGGAGGAAGUGGAGAGAUGCAGCAGGCCGACAUAUGUUACGUCCGCACGGUUUACGACAACCAACAGGGUCUGCCUCAAGAGCACGAGCUGAGCUCCACCUCCGCCGCGUUGCUACGCAACAGCGAUUCCAGAGGCGGAGGGGGAGGGUCGAGGCCGGGGCUAAACCGAGAACUGCAAGGUUCGGUGGGUGGGGUCUGUUACCGUGGCAGCAGCAGUGGCAGCAGCAGCAGUAGCGGCAGCAGCAGUGGCGGUGGCGUACCGGCGUCAAACAGACACAGUGUGGGUCCAAUAUGGGGCCCGGCAGCCAGCCGCAGUUCCUAUGAGAGCCUGAAGGGGGGGCCGGGGGCGCCGGCUCCACCGAGACGCAGCGACAGCUACGCAGCCAUCAGGAACCACGAGAGACCGAACUCCUGGUCCAGUCUCGAGCACGCCCGGUCACUGCGGUCUCUGCAGAAAGGUUCCUGGCAUCACUCCAGUGGCCCGGUGGCCUCAAGUGCAGCUAAAGGCUCGUACAGCGCUGAGGGUCAGCUCCACACAGUGAUAGAGAAGAGUCCAGAGAGCAGCCCCACUACGAAGCCCCGGCAGGGCGGAGGCUUUCCUCAGCCCCCUUCCCCUACCGGACCCUUCUCUGGACCCGCGGGCCUCAUCCCCCAGUCGUCUGGACGACUCAUUCUGCCCACCGGUGUGUACCCCGUCCCCCAGCUUGAGCCCCACUACGCACAGAUGCCCAGCGCCAGCCACGUGCCGGGCUCCUCGGGAGUCUACCCCGCCCUGGCCAAGGAGAACAGCCGACAGCAGCAGCAGCAGCAGCAGCAGGGCGUCGGAGGGAGAGAGGAAGCAGCAACAGAGAGGCGGAGGGAUGGAAGGAUGUCAGCUACAGAAAACGGAUACCAAAACAACAUUUCUUCUUCACUACACCCCUUUUCCUCUUCGUCAACAUCUGCCUCUACACAGCUCAGGACUCCAGCACACGAGGCAGACAGGCCUCAACAGGAAGAGUCUAACUCUGAACUCUCCAGACUGCACUUGAAAACUGCCGGAGAGGGAUCAGAGGACCAGACAGGGGCCCAAAGGCACCAAGAACCUCACGGUCAGAGCUUCCAAGGGCCCCAUAUUCAUACAAACCAGAAACCCAAUAGCCAAGUGUUCCAGGAACAGAACCAGGAUUUACACCUUUCCCACACUGCUGGGCUCAGGAACCCAUCCUCACAAGAGUGGAGGGACCCCUGCAUACCUGUCCAGUCCAGGAGAGACGGGCGCAGAUCAUUGGACCAGAGCAGCGUUCAUUCAGAGCCAGCGGCGUCCUCCAGGCUCUCCCAGGGACAAGUGCCUCCUACCCACUUACCCGUUCACCCUCAGCCUCAGGCUUCACACCCCUCCGCCUCCCAGCCUCCUCACCGUCAUCUCAGUGACUCAGCAGCUGUGCAGUACCAGCAGUGGGACAACAGAGAGCGGGAGAAAGACAGGGAACACCCACUGACCCGUCUGGAGAUCGCCCUUGCCGAGGUGCAGCGAUGCACUAGCCCCAGCAACAGUGUCGCCAGUAGCCAUGACAACAGUUGCUUUAGUGAGGGCAACCAGGGACCUGUCCGCAGCCUCUCAGUCCUGGAGAAGGUCAGUCGUUUCGAGCGUCGGGAACGCACCGGAAGGCCGCGCAGUCAGAGCACCAUCACCGCACCAGAUAACGACACCCAUCUGACCGAGAAAGGCCACAGCACCCCGUGUGGAGCGGAGGACCUCAGAAACAUGCUGAAGAGAAGCACCAGCAGGGCCAGCGCCCACAGGACCAUGAGCUACAGAGGAGGCGAGCACAUGAAAAACAGGACCCAUACAGAUCCCAGUUUAGCCCUCCAGAGGAGUCGGAGCACCUACAACCUGGACGAAUCCAGGGGGGGAGACAGCAGGAAAGACUUCCCCCGGACACAUGACAUCCAAGAGAUGCUGGGCUCCAUGCAGGACACGUCCUUCAACAGAUCUUACAGGGACUCUUUGAAAGACGCCCAGUCUAAGGUCCUGCGGUCCACCUCCUUCAGACGGAGAGACCUCAACUCCUCAAUCAGCUCUCAGCCUCCUCCUACCUUCUCCUCCUCCUCCUCCUCCAGCAGCCACCAGCCUCCACCUGUCUCCGCCAAGCACCAGUCCCCGGAGAAAAAAGGCCCAAAAACCAUGCCCAAACCACAGGGCGUCGUCAUCACACCACAGACGCCACCACCGGUCACUUCCUUUCACACCCCAAAGGAGAGGCACAUGGUCAGCCCCGAGACUCGAGGCGCGAGCCCCCCCGCCCUCCCCAGUGUCCCGCCGGUUGGACCUCCUUCUGUGAUGCGGAUCUGCGGCCGCAGGCGUCUGACAGUGGACCAGAAGAAGCGAUCGUACUCGGAGCCAGAGAACAUGAACGAGGUCGGGAUAUCGGAUGCAGAGACUACUGCUCUCUUCAGGCGUGGAGGAGAGACCAGCGUGAAAGACCGGCGGAAGAUGUUCGAGCUCGUGGCAAGUCGCGUCGGGGGCGGGUCCCUGCAGAACGCCACGUCGAGACCUGACUUGCGGCAGCUUCAGCACGACGCUCUGGCUGAUUACAUGGAGAGGAAGAGAAGCGUGAAAAGAGGAGGACAGAGGGGUGGACUGAGGCCCAGUAGCGCUUAUCUACAGCCUGAGAACAGCAAUUAUGCAGUGUCCUCCUGUCACUCUGACACCUUCAGCGUCUCCUCCGCCUCCAGCCUGCUCUCCCUCCAGGACUCUGGCCGAGACCGAAGCUUCUCCUCCGGAGAUAGCCGUCUGUGCUCCACGCUCCCUCCUGAAGACGACCUGCGGAGCCUCCAGUCCAACCUCUACUACCCGGGCAGGGUGACCAUUCCCAGGGCUCCGUCACACCCACCUCCUGGUGCUCCUUUUGGCUCUCUUCCUGAGCCCAAGGCCAAGAUCCUCCAGGAUAUCACGCAUGAAGCAGGGCUCAGCAGACAAAGUCAGUCCUCCAGCAGAGACCUGGGCCUGGACCCCCAGCAGCUGGCCGCAGAGCCUCAACCCGACCUGGGACUGAGCACGCAGUUUAAAGGGGCUCUGCAGAGGGCCGGGUCAACUCGGAGCUCCGGGAGGUCGGCUUCUGCUGAGGAUCUCCUGGGGAGAUCCGAGGAGAGACCGAUGACUCCUCACCACUACCGCUCCCGCUCCACCCCCAUAGUAGAGAGACUGAACCAGGACUUCGCUCCAGGUGACGUCAGGAUGUAUGGGGUCUUCCUCUCUGAACCUGGACGCCGCUCUCCCGCCGAGGACAGAUCUGCAGAAGUCCAGCUAUCAGGCGGCCACGUGUCUCCUCAACACUCCCGAGACAGUCUGAACACCGUCCAGCCUGCAGGACCUUCGCAAGACCCAGGCUCCUUCCACACUCCUGUCACUCGUCGGGAGCGACAGAGGAACACCGACCGGCAGCGAGCCACCAGCACCUCCACCUUGGCGGCCUCCGUUGGCCUGCCUUGCCCCCUCUCCCCACCUGGGACUCAGGACAGAGUCAGUGCCGAGUGGCAUGCUAGUGAGAGGCUGAGCAAGGCCAACCUGGAUGCCAUCACCUUCCCAGACAUUGCGCCACCCAGCACAGGUGAUGAUGAUGGCGGUGACACUACUAGCUACAAUGAAACCCCGUUGACGGACAGACAGACGAGACACAGUUUGAGUGACGCCAGCAUAUUAGAAGACACUGCAAAGGACACGUACAGAGAGAGAUCCUACAGUUUAGAGAUGAUAGGAGGGUAUUCUGCAGAACGAGUUUCGCCGGUGACGCCGACACCUCUGCCCCAUUUCCAGCUUUCAUCCCCACCAAACACGGAGGACAGCGGGGGCAUCAGAUCAUCUCCUCCGCCAUCCUCCCAUCCGUCCAUUCCCCGGCACCUGUCCUCUCUGCGGAUCUCGGAGUCCAACCUCUUCAGCUCCUUUGACCAGCAGCAGCAACCACUAGAAUCCUCUACAGGCCUAUCGCUGGAGAAUUAUGACGAGGUCUUCCUCCCAACUCCUGACUCUCCGUUUCCUCCUCCACCAAUCAGAGAGACAAGCAUCUUGGAGGAUUUCCUUCCUCCUCCUCCUGAUCUCCCUCCCCCUCCCCCUCCAGUCGAUUUGGAGCAGGAAGCUGGACACCAGACUGUGGGAAGCACGGAGUUUUUAAACAACUCCAGCAUUCCCACCAGGACGUUGUCCCCCUCCUCCUACAUCUUCCCUUCGCCUGUGCCCAUCCUCCUUUCUUCCAUGAAGACGCAGUCCUCCACCAUCACACCCAUCAUCAUAUCCACCGCAAGCGAGGACAACCUAGGUCUUGAGUACCAACCCCUAGCCAAGAGGGAGAAGACAUCCGAAGAGCUGCGAGUGGAGGCGCUGGCCCGGCAGCUGGUGUUGCAGGACAGCUCUCUGGCGCCCCUCCUGGACACGUGGGGGGGUAGAUCCACUGUAGAGCUCAUGGAGGAGAUCUUUUCAAACAGCAAAUCGGUUGGUAAAUCACCGUGGCAUCGCAGGGGCAGUAGCCGAUUGGAUGACAGGAUCCAAGAUGGCGUCUGUGAUCCUGCUCAGAGCACGGCGACGGAUGGAGGGACGGAGACGGAUCUGGAUGAGGAUGAGAAAGACCUCAACACCAGGAAGGUGGAGCUGUGUGAGGCUCUGAGGUGCAGCGUGGCGGCUCUGCGUCAGGAGAAGGAGGCGCUGUGUGAGGAGCACAGACGUCACCAGGAGCUGGGGGCCAGCAUUGAAACGCUGGUGCAGGAACGCCUCAAACCCAACGAGAGGGACAAGUACAGCAUCUUCAUCGGAGAUCUGGAGAGGAUCGUGAACCUGCUGCUGUCUCUGUGCAGCCGGCUGUCGAGGAUCGACAGAUCUCUGCUCGCUCUGGAGAGAGGGGAGCUGACGCAGGAGGACGCAGCGGACGAGAGGGACUCUCUCCAUCACAAGCGUUCUCUGCUCCUCGGUCAAACCGAAGACGCCCGGGAGCUUAAGGAGAACCUGGACCGGCGGCAGCGCGUGGUCCACGCCAUCCUGUCCGGCUACCUCACCGAACCGCAGCUCCAGGACUACCGCCGCUUCGUCGGCACCAAGCCCUCCCUUCUGAUUCGCCAGCGGCACGUCGACGACCUCAUACGGCAGGGGGAGGAGCAGCUGACGCGAUUGGCCGAGAGCCUGCCGCAGGAGGUGGCGGAGGCUCACAGUUGGUCGAGAGGGAUGACGAUGUCGAGCCCCGCCCACUACUCUUCUCCUUUUCCACCGCUGCUUCCACCCUCUGUGAUUCCAGGCCCCGUCCACUUAGUCAGGUCUACCACUGUGACAUCACUGUGAUGUCACGGACAGGCCGCUGUUAUGAGUGGCAACAGUGAAGGAUGGGAAAUGAAGAAAAGACAGUAGGCUCCCUAAAAAAAACUCACUCCGAGCUUGAUGAUGCUCUAUUGAAGGAGCUUUACAUGAAGGCAGAGAAACAGGCUCUGUUCACACUGAAACAGCUAUGCAGACUUCACACAAUGUGCCUCGCUCUAUUCACACGUGACUGUACGUUACACCUCUGUUCAGCAACCAGCGCUGAGUGGACUAAACCGACCGCUGCCAACAUUUCUGAUGAUACUCUGCUCUGACAGAUGAUUUCUACGGGGCAUCGGGUGUUUUCAGGUUCAUCGUCAAAUACUUCAAAGGACAAUUCCACUGUUAUGGGUCAUUUCCCGCAGUUUUACAGCUCUUAUUUUGUUCGAAAUACUUAAUAUUUUUGCUUUCAAUAUCUAAAUAUUCUAAAUAUACCCCUCAGUAAAGACGAGAGCGACAAGUUAACCCUCUGAGACCCACCGUUUUGGUCUUUUUUAGGGGCGUACAGGGUUUUUUUAGGGGGAGAUAGCAGGUCAACAGUAGAUGUCACAUAGAAGUGGUGUACAUCAUCUGAAAGCUGGGAACCUGAAGAUUAAUUUGAGAUGCAGCUCAGCACUGUGUGUUAAGCUGUUCUAGUCUUAAAUUAGAAAUAAACUGGGAAAGUGUAUCAGGGUUUAGAACAACUCCAAAGGAGUUUAAUAAAAACUGACGAUAAUGCUGGCGCAGACAGCAGCCUGAAUUAAAAGUAAAAAGAUCAAAAUAAUAUAUAUUUUAAAAGUCAACGGAAAGUCCCGAUCACUGUGGAAUUGUCCUUUAACAACUCUGACGGUGCUUUCAGGAACCUCAGACGUUCCUCCAAGGACUCUUCUGAUCACGAGACAGAGUGAGCCGGUGUUUUAUCUCCCAAAGACAAAAUACUAUCAUCUUUAGUGUCAUCUUGUCAAACUUUUUCCACAAGACCAGCUUUCGCACAUGUACAGUCAACGUACAAAAAUACAUCAACACCAAAAUUGGAGUUUUUAUUUUACCGCUAUACAGAAAGAGUCAGAACUCUGAGAGACUGAGAUCCUGAAGGAGGAACUGCUUCGAUCACUGUCACAUGAUACUGUAACACUACUACUGUCACUGCUGUCUGUACGUCUGCAGCUUGGAGCACUUUUUACUGUAGCAGCUCGACUACUGUUUGCUGCAGAAUUUACACUGAAUGAUAAACACAGUUGUGCCUCUUUAAAAGUCGAUGUGAUGAAACAUUUGAUGUAAAGAAAAAAAAGUAUAGAUUCCAAAGACUUUCACAGGAUGAAUUGUUUGCAGACGUCAACUUGGUUUCAUUUUGGAUUUGAGGAAUUUUUAAUCGGUCAGAUAUUUAGUCAAGAAUAAUACAAAUGCCACAAUUUAAUAUACCAAAAGAUAUUUAAUUUAUUAUGAUGUGAAACACAGAAAAGAAGCAUCAAUUAAACAAUCAUUGAAAUUGAUGAUAAUUGUCCUGCCAAUCACCUAAUUCAUUAAACUGACUAGUUGUGUCAUCAUGGUUAAAUGCCUCGCUCUUCCCAGGAACAAGCUGUCACACAAACAGCUGCGGAAACCUACCAAACAUGAAGGAUAAAAUUAUGUUUUUCUCUCUUUUUCGUUUAUUUCAAUGGUCCUCUUUGUGGAUAUCUGUGAAAUAAAAGUCCAGUUCUGAUCAGGUGUAAAAAGCAUCAGUCUACAGAAUCAAUAGUUAUUGUUUAGUUGUUUAUCAGCAGCAGCGGUGUGUUGAAUCUAAAAUGCAGAGAGGGUUUUCACAUAUUUGAAGUACUGAUCAGUUCUUUACCUGUUUUCUAUUCUACACCAACACGUUUCAUUUUACUGUUUUUAGUUUUUAGAGCACCUUUUAAAUAUUCUCAGUUUGUCAUAUUCUCUAAACAGCACAGCGCACACACAGGCUGCCGUGUGUCGUCAUCAAUAAGCCAGAUUCUACUGUUGAUUAUCGUUUGUUCUUGUUAUUUUCAGAGGCACAACAGAAUAUCUCAGACAUUUUUAUCUUUGAAUGAAAUUCAAUGUUCGCUUUAUGAAAGGACAAUUAAAUAACAGCUCCGUGGUUUUUGCAAAAUAAAUGUAUUUUGUAAAUUA